AUGUCUCAUAUAAAAUCCUCUUCCAAACUUCCUCCAAAACAACAAAACAUUAAUUCCAAAUGUUGUGAAUGUAAAAGUUGUUGUUGUUGUUGUUUACCUUGUUUAUUUAAAAAUAAUAAAAGGGAAGAAGAAGAAAGAAGAUUACAAAAUAAAAUUGGGGUUAAAUUAGCUAAAAGAAGAAGUUCUUCAAUUUCUGAUUUUUAUUUUAAACAACAAGGAAUUUUUAGAAAUUUUAGUAAAAGUUUUGAUAAUAAAAAUGCUGCUCCUUUAGCUUAUUUUUCUGAAGAAGAAUUUAAAUUAAGUGGAUCUGAUGAAGAAAGAGAAAAUAAUUUUUUAAAAGAAUCUUUAAAAAUAAAGAGGAAACAGCAAUCUUUGUCCCCAAAAAUUUUAAAAAGAAUUUCGAAAAAAUGGGAAAGACCCCACAAUUUUGGACAAAUAUCUAAAUAUCCGCCAAAUGAAGAAGUUAGGAAAAUAAAUUCAAUUUUUGAAUUAGAAAAGAGGAAAUGGCUAGAAAAGAGGGAAGAAAUUAAUAAAAGAAUUUUGGAGAAAAGAAGGGAAGGGGGAAAUGAAGUAUCUACAAGUGCCACAAUUAAAUUAAUUAAACCUCCUUCAAUAAUUAAAAGGAGAAAAAGUCGAGCUGAAAGAAUUGAAUUAAUAGAAGAACAAUUACAAGAAAUAAAUAAUUUAAUGAAGAAAAAGGAAGAAAAUAAAGAAGAGGAGGAGGAGGAGGAGGAAUUAUUAGUAGAUGAUGAAUUUGAAAAAUUUAAGCAAAAACAUUCCAAAUUAAAAAAUAUAAUUAAAGCAACAAAAAGCAACAAUUCUAGACACGAAGCAGUUAUUGAAUGUUUAAAACAGUCCUUAGCUAAAUUUACUUCAGAAAAUGCUUUUAAAUUAAAAGAAAGUUUUAUACCCAAAACAGCCCCUAACAGUCCACAAUUAAGCACAGAAUAUUUUUUAAAAUCAGAACAAAGACCUAGAGCUAUUUCUGUACAUUUAUAUCCUCAAUAUUCUUCUAUAGCCUCAAAAUCUUCCCUUCGAUUGGAUGAUACAAAUGAAUUAGAAGAAUUAAAACAAUUAAUGUUGGGGAAAUUACCUAAAGGGAGGGAAAUGAAGAGAAGAAAAUUUGAAGAAGAAGAAGAAAAGGAGGUUGAAGGAGGAAAUAAUGAAAAGAAGGAAGAGGAGGAAGAGGAAAAGUAUUCUUCACCUGGAGUGCCAUUUAGCAAAAUGCGUCGUGGAUUAAAACAAAUGUUUUAUGGGAAUACAAAUGGAGGAGAUGUAGGUAUAGAAUAUCAACAACCACCACAACCAAUUAGGCGUCCAUUUGGAUCAGCACCUCCCCCUUUACAACAAAUCCAACAAACACCCCCUCUACAAAGACCUGCUGGAUUUUUACAUAAAAUUUUACGUUCUGGAGGGGUAACUGUAGAUUUAAAUAAUCAACAACAACAACAACCUUCCCCUAAACAACAACCAAUACCUCGACCUCGUAAAGUAUUACCUCAACAACAACAACAAAUAUCUUUUGUUCAUAAACAACAACCUUUAGAAUGUUCUAUUGAUGGGGAUUAUACUGAAUUAGAACAGACUUGGAAACAACAAAGAAAUGUAAGCGCUCCAUUGUCACCUAAAACAGUUAAAUUUGGUGAUCAUGAUUUAUUAAAACAACAACAAGCACUUUUUGCAUUUCCACAACAACAACAACAAAGGAGUGAGAACCCGAGUCCAUUUGCAUCAAAUUCCAAGUCAAAAACAACAACAAACAAUUUCUCAAUCCCUUUAUACAAUACCACAACUUGGAAGUAA